GAAACUACCAACAACAUUGACCCUUGACCUCUACAUGCCAGUUUGUUGUCAAACAGCAACCGCAUUGCAUUGUCUGAACAUUUCAGCUCGAUUUCAACGCGAAUUUUACCCUUAAAUGCGUCAAUAUGGAUGGACCUGGUAGCUGAAGUAUUACAGUUGACAUUCAUAGAUAUUUCUCUAUUGAUUCUCACGGGAACCAGUGUUCUAAUUUUAAUUUCAUAUGUCCAGUAUCCACUAAUCCCCUGGAAAUGACAUCUUUAAGCAAUCGGCCGGACAGCGGCCGGGAGACAAGCCUCAGUGUAUCUGGCGAGACCAUGCGCACCGGCACCCCACUCAACAAAGCCAAGAAAUCCUACAAGUACCGCAAGGUCUCCAACAGCGGCUCGGCCGAUGAGACGUUGUUUACCUCUCAGCGUGAGCACUAUCUCCAAACCCGGAACAGUCCCUCCAACGCCCGACCUAAAUCAGCCGGGGGCGGCGAGUGGCACGUUCACGGGGAACAACAUCCAGCCCCGACCCCGACCCUAAUUGGGCAGACAAAACGAACCCCAUCUGGGGCCCCUCCCAUCAAAUCGCCUCUGGUGAAAGUCGGAGGAGCGCCACGGACUCGGUCCAGAUUGUACAAGCCAACGCCGAGCUACGUGGACGAAUCGCUCUUCGGUCCAAAACUCCAGGAACCUGAUUUCCUAGCGCCUUGGGAGAAGCCCGAAGAUUCGCGGAAGGGGCCCAUGUUAACUUGGAGCCCGCCGGUCGUGGGGAGUCUGUCCUGUACGCCGAGGUCCACACCGCCUAGCCGGCCACCGUCGAGUGCAGGGAGCCGGCCAGGAUCUGCCAAAGGUAGCAGGCCGGGAUCGGCUGCAGGGGACCAGCGGCACGGCAGCCGACCCCCGACGCCUAACAGACCGGUGUGGAAAUGAAUAUUCAUGACAUCCGUCCUUUGGCAAAAGUUUUCAUUGUAUGAAGGCAGGAAGGAUGCAUGGACUAGGUAUCGCUGGAAAAUGUUAAAAAGUGGAGUGUACAAGCUGGCAAAGUUUCUUCUAAGAAGAAAAUAUGGGCAGCAAAUUUAUAUGCUCAUCAAAACUUAUCCGAGAAUCAGCCGCAAGGAAUGGCAUGAAAUUAUGGCUGCUAAAUAUUUUUUGCUGAGCACAUUUUUUCUGACCGUGGCCAAAUUACUGUGCUGAAUAUUUCACUGAAAUUGGCCAGCACCUAUGUUGCUGUUGCUCCACGUUACUUCAAACACUGAGAACUAUGGUUAUGGAUUGUUGCACUGACUUAGAAGUUGGAGAAAACCUGUCAGCAUUGAAUGGUUUGACUACUGUACAUAUAUGUGGCGUAGUGGUUAGGGUUUGUGACUCGUGAUCAUGCCUGAUUCUUGCUGCAGUUCGUAGAUUGUGUCUAUGAGCAAGCCACUUUACCCAAACUUGCCUCUACCUAGGAGUAUCAAAUGGGUACUCACAGUAAUUUGUUAGCAUCCCGUCUAGCAAAGAAAUGGCUAAAUGAAUUUGGUCAGUUUUUUUUUCAAAAUGUAGGGUUAACCCCCGAAAGGUAACUUUUUCAAAAGGUUCAUUCAAAAAUGUUGGGUAAACCCCUAGCAAAUUAUUUUAUUCACAUUUAAAAUGUAAGGUUAACCCGGUGCAAAUUAAUUAGGUCAAAUUUUCACACAAAAUGUAAGGUUAACCCCUUUCCAAUUCAUUAUGUCCAAUUUUAUUGAAAAUGUUAAGGUUAACCCCUUUGAAAUUAUGUUAUUCAAAAAAUUUCAAAUUUUAUUCAACAUUGAAAAUAAACCCCUUUAAUUAAUGUUGUCCAAUUUAAUUCAAAAUGCAAGAUAAACGCCUUGUAAAUUAAGUUAUUCAAUAUUUUUAAAUUAAUUAAUUUCGCAACAUUUUUAUUCAUAAUGUAAGGUUUCAGCCUGUCGCCUUUAUUUGGUCAGAUUUUCUUCAAAAUGCAAGUAAAGUUAUUCAAAUUUUAUUCAAAACGUAAGCUUAACCCCUUGCAAAUUAACUCAUUAAAAUUCAAGGGUUUACCCCUUGCAACCUAA